AUGGCCUUAAUUAUAAAUCCCUAUGAUCCCUAAAAUAUGUUUUCCAAAGCUGGUAAAAUAACUAGCGAGAAAUAUAUAAUCUUUGCUAGGAAAGAUGAGAUUCUUAAUCGUAAAACGGGUAAACGAAUUAAAAGUUAACUCUUUGAAAUACCCAUACCUGAACCUCAAGAAAAAGAAUAACCUACUAAUACUCAAUUAGCAUAAAAAACAUAAUAACCUUUUACUAAACAAUUAUCAAGAGCAGUUGGCAAUUAUACCAAAAUCGGAUGUGAUGGUUAACCUCCAUGUGGUUAUUAUAAUCCAAAAUUCAAUCAAUUAGAUAAGUAAUUCAUUUAAUCAAUCCUAAUAGAGCUAAUCAUUUAGUUCCUGAUUACUAAAAAACACUCGUCAAAACAACUCCAAGAUAAAUUCCUAAAAGAGUAUAAAGCGCUAUCAAUUUUGGAAAUAAAGAUAGAGAAGCUAUACCUGAAAAACCAGUUUAGAAAAGAGAUUGUUUCAUAGAUAUGUCAAGAUAAACUGGAAGGUUUGGAUAUCUUUUGUAUUUAGAAAGGAAGUGUUUUUUGGAUAACCAACACCACAUGAAGAAAGAUUCAAUUUUCUUAAUAUAACUACCUAAUUUAGCAAAGUUCCACGAACUCCAUAAUAUUCAAUGAAUAAAUCAUUAUCUAGAGAAUAAAUGACUGUUUAUAAAAGAAAACAUUAUGCACCAGAUUAUGAACCUAAUUUUGAAUUUGGCAAAAGGUAAAAAAUUAACUUUAUAAAAUAUUUCAUUAGAAAAUUAGGAUCAGCUGGACCUAAAUUUGACUCGAAAAAAGGAAGAGAUGACAUAAUGACUAAGAAAUCAGACUAUACAUUUGAAGAAUACUUUGAAUUUGACAUCUAUUCUAGAUCAUAAAAGAGUCAAUUAUUCAGAAUACCAACAGCUCCUAAUUUUGGGAAAAUGAUUGAUAGAGAUCAUGAUCAUAAAUAAUCAAUUCUACCAUCUUAUAUGCAAGUAUAUAAUUAUACAAAUAGAAUUAACAUACUUAAACCAGAAUAGGAAUAACACAUUUAUCAUAGAAAAUGUUGGAAUCAAAUAAUUUUAGUGAUGGUCGAUUUUAGACAAUUACAUCUAGUUUUGUACCACCACCACAAAAAUUAAUAGUUGAAGAAGAAGAUAUAAAAUGA